AUGUCUCCGACGCGCCAGGCCUGCCGCCAUCGGCUCUGGCCGAGCCAGCGCCGCCCAACGUCGCCCGCCGCUGUCUCCUUCGCAGCAGGCCUACCGCCAUCGCCACUGGCCGAGCCAGAGCCGCCCGCCGCAACACAUUCCCACCUGCCGCGCCGCCCACCGUCGCUCGCCGCUGUCUCCGACACGAUAGACCUGCCGCCAUCGCCACUGGCCGAGCCAGAGCCGCCCGCCGCCAACACAUUCCCAGCUGCCGCGCCGCCCACCGUCGCUCGCCGCUGUCUCCGACGCGCCAGACCUGCCGCCAUCGCCAGCGUCCGAGCCAGAGCCGCCCGCCGCCAACACAUUCCCAGCUGCCGCGCCGCCCACCGUCGCUCGCCGCUGUCUCCGACGCGCCAGAGCUGCCGCCAUCGCCACUGGCCGAGCCAGAGCAGCCCGCCGCCAACACAGUCCCAGCUGCCGCGCCGCCCACCGUCGCUCGCCGCUGUCUCCGACACGCCAGACCCGCCGCCAUCGCCUCUGGCCGAGCCAGCGCCGCCCACCGUCGCCCGCCGCUGUCUCCUUCGCAGCAGGCCUGCCGCCAUCGCCACUGGCCGAGCCAGAGCAGCCCGCCGCCAACACAGUCCCAGCUGCCGCGCCACAAACCGUCGCUCGCCGCUGUCUCCGAAACGCCAGACCCGCCGCCAUCGCCUCUGGCCGAGCCAGCGCCGCCCACCGUCGCCCGCCGCUGUCUCCUUCGCAGCAGGCCUGCCGCCAUCGCCACUGGCCGAGCCAGAGCCGCCCGCCGCCAACACAUUCCCAGCUGCCGCGCCGCCCACCGUCGCUCGCCGCUGUCUCCGACGCGCCAGGCCUGCCGCCAUCGCCUCUGGCCGAACCAGCGCCGCCCACCGUCGCCCGCCGCAGUCUCCUUCGCAGCAGGCCUGCCGCCAUCGCCACUGGCCGAGCCAGCGCCGCCCGCUGCGAACACAUCCCCAGCUGCCACGCCGCCCACCGUCGCUCGCCGCUGUCUCCGACGCGCCAGACCUGCCGCCAUCGCCACUGGCCGAGCCAGAGCCGCCCGCCGCCAACACAUUCCCAGCUGCCGCGCCGCCCACCGUCGCUCGCCGCUGUCUCCGACGCGCCAGACCUGCCGCCAUCGCCAGCGUCCGAGCCAGAGCCGCCCGCCGCCAACACAUUCCCAGCUGCCGCGCCGCCCACCGUCGCUCGCCGCUGUCUCCGACGCGCCAGAGCUGCCGCCAUCGCCACUGGCCGAGCCAGAGCAGCCCGCCGCCAACACAGUCCCAGCUGCCGCGCCGCCCACCGUCGCUCGCCGCUGUCUCCGACACGCCAGACCCGCCGCCAUCGCCUCUGGCCGAGCCAGCGCCGCCCACCGUCGCCCGCCGCUGUCUCCUUCGCAGCAGGCCUGCCGCCAUCGCCACUGGCCGAGCCAGAGCAGCCCGCCGCCAACACAGUCCCAGCUGCCGCGCCACAAACCGUCGCUCGCCGCUGUCUCCGAAACGCCAGACCCGCCGCCAUCGCCUCUGGCCGAGCCAGCGCCGCCCACCGUCCCCCGCCGCUGUCUCCUUCGCAGCAGGCCUGCCGCCAUCGCCACUGGCCGAGCCAGAGCCGCCCGCCGCCAACACAUUCCCAGCUGCCGCGCCGCCCACCGUCGCUCGCCGCUGUCUCCGACGCGCCAGGCCUGCCGCCAUCGCCUCUGGCCGAACCAGCGCCGCCCAACGUCGCCCGCCGCAGUCUCCUUCGCAGCAGGCCUGCCGCCAUCGCCACUGGCCGAGCCAGCGCCGCCCGCUGCGAACACAUCCCCAGCUGCCACGCCGCCCACCGUCGCUCGCCGCUGUCUCCGACGCGCCAGACCUGCCGCCAUCGCCACUGGCCGAGCCAGAGCCGCCCGCCGCCAACACAUUCCCAGCUGCCGCGCCGCCCACCGUCGCUCGCCGCUGUCUCCGACGCGCCAGACUUGCCGCCAUCGCCUCUGGCCGAGCCACAGCCGCCCUCCGCCAACACAUUCGUAGCUGCCGCGCCGCCCACCGUCGCUCGCCGCUGUCUCCGACGCGCCAGACCUGCCGCCAUCGCCACUGGACGGGCCAGCGCCGCCCGCUGCCAACACAUCCCCAGCUGCCGCGCCACCCACUGUCGCCCGCCGCUGUCUCCGACGCGCCAGGCCUGCCGCCAUCGCCUCUGGCCGAGCCAGCGCCGCCCACCGUCGCCCGCCGCUGUCUCCUUCGCAGCAGGCCUGCCGCCAUCGCCACUGGCCGAGCCAGAGCCGCCCGCCGCCAUCACAGUCCCAGCUGCCCCGCCGCAAACCGUCGCUCGCCGCUGUCUCCGACACGCCAGACCUGCCGCCAUCGCCUCUGGCCGAGCCAGCGCCGCCCACCGUCGCCCGCCGCUACCUCCUUCGCAGCAGGUCUGCCGCCAUCGCCACUGGCCGAGCCAGAGCCGCCCGCCGCCAACACAUCCCCAGCUGCCGCACGGCGUACCGACGCCCGCCGCUGUCUCCGACGCGUCAGACCUGCCGCCAUCGCAACUGGCCGAGCCAGAGCCACCCGCCGCCAACACAUUCCCAGCUGCCGCGCCGCCCACCGUCGCCAACCGCUGUCUCCGACGCGCCAGACCUGCCGCCAUCGACACUGGAAGAACCAGCGCCGCCCGCCGCAACACAUCCCCAGCUGCCGCGCGGAAUACCGUCGCCCGCCGCUGUCUCCUUCGCAGCAGGCCUGCCGCCAUCGCCACUGGCCGAGCCAGAGCAGCCCGCCGCCAACACAGUCCCAGCUGCCGCGCCGCAAACCGUCGCUCGCCGUUGUCUCCGACACGCCAGACCCGCCGCCAUCGCCUCUGGCCGAGCCAGCGCCGCCCACUGUCGCCCGCCGCUGUCUCCUUCGCAGCAGUCCUUCCGCCAUCGCCACUGGCCGAGCCAGAGCCGCCCGCCGCCAACACAUUCCCAGCUGCCGCGCCUCCCACCGUCGCUCGCCGCUGUCUCCGACACGCCAGACCUGCAGCCAUCGCCACUGGCCGAGCCAGCGCCGCCCGCUGCCAACACAUCCCCAGCUGCCGAGCCGCCCACUGUCGCCCGCCGCUGUCUCCGACGCGCCAGUCCUGCCGCCAUCGCCUCUGGCCGAGCCAGCGCCGCCCACCAUCGCCCGCCGCUGUCUCCUUCGCAGCAGGCCUGCCGCCAUCGCCACUGGCCGAGCCAGAGCCGCCCGCCGCCAACACAUUCCCAGCUGUCGCGCCUCCCACCGUCGCUCGCCGCUGUCUCCGACGCGCCAGACCUGCCGCCAUAGCCACUGGCCGAUCAGCGCCGCCCGCUGCAACACAUCCCCAGCUGCCGCACGGCGUACCGACGCCCGCCGCUGUCUCCGACGCGCCAGACCUGCCGCCAUCGCCACUGGCCGAGCCAGAGCCGCCCGCCGCCAACACAUUCCCACCUGCCGCGCCGCCCACCGUCGCCAACCGCUGUCUCCGACGCGCCAGACCUGCCGCCAUCGACACUGGCCGAGCCAGAGCCGCCCGCCGUUAACACAUUCCCAGCUGCCGCGCCGCCCACCGUCGCUCGCCGCUGUCUCCGACGCGCCAGACCUGCCGCCAUCGCCACUGGAAGAACCAGCGCCGCCCGCCGCAACACAUCCCCAGCUGCCGCGCGGAAUACCGUCGCCCGCCGCUGUCUCCUUCGCAGCAGGCCUGCCGCCAUCGCCACUGGCCGAGCCAGAGCAGCCCACUGCCAACACAGUAUCAGCUGCCGCGCCGCAAACCGUCGCUCGCCGCUGUCUCCGACACGCCAGACCCGCCGCCAUCGCCUCUGGCCGAGCCAGCGCCGCCCACCGUCGCCCGCUGCUGUCUCCUUCGCAGCAGUCCUGCCGCCAUCGCCACUGGCCGAGCCAGAGCCGCCCGCCGCCAACACAUUCCCAGCUGCCGCGCCUCCCGCAGUCGCUCGCCGCUGUCUCCGACACGCCAGACCUGCAGCCAUCGCCACUGGCCGAGACAGCGCCACCCGCUGCCAACACAUCCCCAGCUGCCGAGCCGCCCACUGUCGCCCGCCGCUGUCUCCGACGCGCCAGGCCUGCCGCCAUCGCCUCUGGCCGAGCCAGCGCCGCCCACCGUCGCCCGCCGCUGUCUCCUUCGCAGCAGGCCUGCCGCCAUCGCCACUGGCCGAGCCAGAGCAGCCCGCCGCCAACACAGUCCCAGCUGCCGCGCCGCCCACCGUCGCCCGCCACUGUCUCCUUCGCAGCAGGCCUGUCGCCAUCGCCACUGGCCGAGCCAGAGCCGCCCGCCGCCAACACAUUCCCAGCUGCCGCGCCGCCCACCGUCUCUCGCCGCUGCCUCCGACGCGCCAGACCUGCCGCCAUCGCCACUGGCCGAGCCAGCGCCGCCCGCUGCCAACACAUCCCCAGCUGCCGCGCCGCCCACUGUCGCCCGCCGCUGUCUCCGACGCGCCAGGCCUGCCGCCAUCGCGUCUGGCCGAGCCAGCGCCGCCCACCGUCGCCCGCCGCUGUCUCCUUCGCAGGAGGCCUGCCGCCAUCGCCACUGGCCCAGCCAGAGCCGCCGGCGCCAACACAUUCCCAGCUGCCGCGCCGCCCACCGUCGCUCGCCGCUGUCUCCGACACGCCAGACCCGCCGCCAUCGCCUCUGGCCGAGCCAGCGCCGCACACCGUCGCCCGCCGCUGUCUCAUUCGCAGCAGGCCUGCAGCCAUCGCCACUGGCCGAGCCAGAGCAGCCCGCCGCCAACACAUCCCCAGUUGCCGCGCCGCCCACCGUCGCUCGCCGCUGUCUCCGACACGCCAGACCCGCCGCCAUCGCCUCUGGCCGAGCCUGCGCCGCCCACCGUCGCCCGCCGCUGUCUCCUUCGCAGCAGGCCUGCCGCCAUCGCCACUGGCCGAGCCAGAGCCGCCCGCCGCCAACACAUCCCCAGCUGCCGCACGGCGUACCGACGCCCGCCGCUGUCUCCGACGCGUCAGACCUGCCGCCAUCGCAACUGGCCGAGCCAGAGCCACCCGCCGCCAACACAUUCCCAGCUGCCGCGCCGCCCACCGUCGCCAACCGCUGUCUCCGACGCGCCAGACCUGCCGCCAUCGACACUGGCCGAGCCAGAGCCGCCCGCCGCCAACACAUUCCCAGCUGCCGCGCCGCCCACCGUCGCUCGCCGCUGUCUCCGACGCGCCAGACCUGCCGCCAUCGCCACUGGAAGAACCAGCGCCGCCCGCCGCAACACAUCCCCAGCUGCCGCGCGGAAUACCGUCGCCCGCCGCUGUCUCCUUCGCAGCAGGCCUGCCGCCAUCGCCACUGGCCGAGCCAGAGCAGCCCGCCGCCAACACAGUCCCAGCUGCCGCGCCGCAAACCGUCGCUCGCCGUUGUCUCCGACACGCCAGACCCGCCGCCUUCGCCUCUGGCCGAGCCAGCGCCGUCCACUGUCGCCCGCCGCUGUCUCCUUCGCAGCAGGCCUGCCGCCAUCGCCACUGGCCGAGCCAGAGCAGCCCACCGCCAUCACAGUCCCAGCUGCCCCGCCGCAAACCGUCGCUCGCCGCUGCCUCCGACACGCCAGACCUGCCGCCAUCGCCUCUGGCCGAGCCAGCGCAGCCCACCGUCGCCCGCCGCUACCUCCUUCGCAGCAGGCCUGCCGCCAUCGCCACUGGCCGAGCCAGAGCCGCCCGCCGCCAACACAUCCCCAGCUGCCGCACGGCGUACCGACGCCCGCCGCUGUCUCCGACGCGCCAGACCUGCCGCCAUCGCCACUGGCCGAGCCAGAGCCACCCGCCGCCAACACAUUCCCAGCUGCCGCGCCGCCCACCGUCGCCAACCGCUGUCUCCGACGCGCCAGACCUGCCGCCAUCGACACUGGAAGAACCAGCGCCGCCCGCCGCAACACAUCCCCAGCUGCCGCGCGGAAUACCGUCGCCCGCCGCUGUCUCCUUCGCAGCAGGCCUGCCGCCAUCGCCACUGGCCGAGCCAGAGCAGCCCGCCGCCAACACAGUCCCAGCUGCCGCGCCGCAAACCGUCGCUCGCCGUUGUCUCCGACACGCCAGACCCGCCGCCAUCGCCUCUGGCCGAGCCAGCGCCGCCCACUGUCGCCCGCCGCUGUCUCCUUCGCAGCAGUCCUUCCGCCAUCGCCACUGGCCGAGCCAGAGCCGCCCGCCGCCAACACAUUCCCAGCUGCCGCGCCUCCCACCGUCGCUCGCCGCUGUCUCCGACACGCCAGACCUGCAGCCAUCGCCACUGGCCGAGCCAGCGCCGCCCGCUGCCAACACAUCCCCAGCUGCCGAGCCGCCCACUGUCGCCCGCCGCUGUCUCCGACGCGCCAGUCCUGCCGCCAUCGCCUCUGGCCGAGCCAGCGCCGCCCACCAUCGCCCGCCGCUGUCUCCUUCGCAGCAGGCCUGCCGCCAUCGCCACUGGCCGAGCCAGAGCCGCCCGCCGCCAACACAUUCCCAGCUGUCGCGCCUCCCACCGUCGCUCGCCGCUGUCUCCGACGCGCCAGACCUGCCGCCAUAG